UUACUGAAGUCAUUGAGGAGAGUGAGCUCAUCCAUCCCUAGGGCCACGUGUUGGUUGUUUACAAGAUAAAAAUGCUCAGAUGUGUGAUUAGCCUGAACAAGUUCUAUAUUUUUGUGUAUUCACCCAGUUUGGGGGCUUUAGUCUCAGCCAUACAUCACCAGAGUGGAAACAUUUGUGAAUGCCACCAUGGAAUGGGUACAAGAAUUAUCAUCUUCAUAGUGGUCCCACACAGCUCUCAUGCUUUGCUUCACUGACCUUCCUUGACAACCUGGGCUUGAAUGAUCAGCAUACCCUGCUUGAAUUAAUUUGCUGUUCUCUUCUUCUCUUUCAGCUGCUUGGAGCAAAGAUGGAUAAGAUUCUGGAAGCUGUGGUGAUGUCCUCAUACCCCAACAAUGUGAAGCAAGGGCUGGUGAGACGUGUGAUUGAGGCAGCAAAGCAGCCCAUGGACAGUGAGCAAUGCUGGUCCAUGCUGGAGCUGUCUACCAAGCUUUAUCUCACGGGGGACACCAAGUAUAAAAGAGAGAUUGGGAAAGAGGUUUUGGAGGUUUAUGGCCACUACCACCCAGAGGAGUUUGAGGAGUUCUUCAAUGUCCGCUUCCUGCUGACUCUGCUCCAGGAAGGUUAUGGACCUCUGGGGAAGCGAAGCCAUUACGUCCUCGAUUAUAUCCAGCUGGGACUGCAGUUCAUCUUGGAAAGCCCAUCAGCUAACAGCAUCUUCAGCUUACUGAGGAUCGAGGUGCUGCGGAAAGUCUGCGAGCGGCCCAGCCCCAAGCAGUGUGCGAAGAUCAGCAAACUUCUGCUCCAGCAUCCUCAGUGCAUUCCCACUGGCAAGCACCAGCUCUUGUUUUGUCAGCAGCUGAUCCGCUGCAUUGGGCACUUCCAGUGUGUCUCUGAGGGGGAAGAGGACAUCAUGGAGUUCUUGGAGCAGGUGAACAAAGUGAGCAGCCUGCUGCAGAGGAUCUGGAGGACUCAGACCUCAGCCAUCCUGCCUUCUUUGAAGGAGCUGUUCACUAUAAUUUCUUCAACAGAGGAGCAGGAAGCACCAUCCAACGCUUUGGCCAGCGUGGUCCAGUUUGUCCCUCUGGAGCUCAUGGAUGGCGUCAUAAGAAACCUAACCAACGAUGACAGCAUCACUGACGUGCAAAUGAUGACAGCCAUUGGCAGGAUGAUCGACUGGGUGUCCUGGCCCCUGGGAAAGAACAUUGACAAGUGGAUCAUUGCUCUGCUGAAGGGUUUGGCUGCAGUGAAGAAGUUCAGCAUCUUGAUUGAGGUUACUCUUUCAAAGAUUGAAAAGGUCUUCUCCAAGUUGCUGUACCCCAUCGUGAGAGAGGGGGCUUUGUCUGUCCUGCAGUACAUGCUGCUGAGCUUCCAGCACUCCCACGAGGCAUUUCACUUGCUGCUUCCUCACAUCCCGAGGCUGGUGGCCUCUCUGAAGAAGGAGGACUCCAACUCUGCCACCAGCUCACUGGAGCAGCUGGCCGAGCUCAUCCACUGCAUGUUCUUCCGCUUCUCAGGAUUUCCAGAUCUCUAUGAACCAGUCCUAGAGGCAAUCAAGGCUUUUCCUGUUCCAAAUGAAGACAGGAUUAAACAUCUCUUGGGACAAAAUGCUUGGACCUCCCAGAAGAACGAGCUGGCCUGCUUCUACCCACGCCUGGCAUCCAAAUCGGAGACAGGAAAGAUAGGGUUAAUUAACUUGGGCAACACCUGCUACAUGAACAGCAUCAUACAGUCCCUUUUCAUGGCUUCAGACUUUCGUCAUUCGGUGCUGAAUCUAACUGAGGGCAACUCCCAGCCCCUGAUGACAAAGCUCCAGUGGCUCUUUGCAUUUUUGGAGCACAGUCAGCGACCUGCCAUCUCACCUGAGACUUUCCUCUCUGCCUCCUGGCCACCCUGGUUCACCCCUGGUGCUCAGCAGGACUGCUCAGAGUAUCUCAAGUACUUGCUGGACCGAUUACACGAAGAAGAAAAAACUGGAAAAAGGAUCUACCAGAAACUCAAGGAAUCCAGCUUGAUGUCUCAGGCAGUGGAACAUCAUUACUUAAACAAGACACUGAUUGAGAAGAUGUUUGGGGGUAAAAUGAUGACAAAGAUCCGCUGCUUAAAGUGUAUGAACGUCUCAUCCCGAGAAGAAGCCUUCACAGACCUGUCCCUGGCUUUUCCCCCACCAGACAGCCAGGUGCCUGGGAGCACGUCUGUUUUGCCUGUGGAAGAAAUUGGCCCCCAGUUUAUUGAGCCUCCUGAAAACCCAAGCCAGCUCACAGGGUCUCCCUGGAUCCGGAGGAAGAUGGCUGAAGACCCUGCAGCCCCACCAGUGCUGGUGGAAACUUUGGGUUUCCAGAAGUCAAGAGAAGCAAUGAGUUCCUUAAGUGGCAAUGCUGUUGGCAUGGAUGCCGCCAAAGACCCUCUCUCAGCUUUUGGGGAGCAGGCAUGUGCUCCCAAGGACUCCAGAUCUGUCCCAGAUUUAAUCAACUACUUUCUAUCCCCAGAAAGACUGACAGCAGAGAACAAAUACCACUGUGAGAAAUGUGCAUCCCUGCAGGACGCUGAGAAGGUGGCAGAGCUAACAGAGGGACCACACUACCUCAUCCUCACACUGCUACGCUUCUCCUUUGACCCACAGACGAUGAAGAGGAAGAAGAUCUUGGACAAUGUCUCUAUCCCCGUGGUGCUCAAGCUGCCCAUCCUUGCCACCCCAGAGGAAACUGAGGAGGUUUCCCAGCAUGACAAGGACAGGGCUGGGCCAGGAAGUGGCUUCACGUCUGUUGUGUAUGACCUCUGCAGUGUGGUGGUGCAUUCAGGCGUCUCCUCUGAGAGUGGCCACUACUACUGCUACUCCAGGGAGUGCACUGACACGGUCCCCCACGGGCAGCCCCAGGACAGAGUGCCCAAACCAGCCUCUGACAAGCAGCUGGACUUUGAAAUCCAGUGGUACCUCUUCAAUGACACCAGAGUUUCCUUUUCCUCCUUUGAAUCGGUCAGCAACAUCACCUCUUUCUUCCCCAAGGACACUGCCUACGUUCUCUUCUACAGGCAGCGGGCGGGCAGGCAGAGCUGCCUGCUGCAUGAGGCUCUGGCCGAGGCUGGCCACCUGCACGGGGAGCCCUCCCUCCAUAAGGACUUGAUGGAAGCCAUUUCCAAAGAUAACAUCCUCUACUUGCAGGAGCAGGAAAAAGAAGCAAGGAACAGAGCUGCCUACAUUUCUGCCUUGCCAAAAUCCCCGCUGUGGUGGAGAGACUUUGACAGGGACAAGGAUGAUGACAACUCCUCAGGGGGCUGCAGCCCAGCAGCAGGUGGGGGUGGAUCCGGCUCCUUUCAUGGACUUGUCUUCUAGCCAGCGGGUUAGACCAGGUAGCCAACAUCUACAGGGCCAACCUGAAGCCAGAGGCUCCUCUUCCUCACCCUGGUGACAGCAAGCAUACUGGAGGAAGAUUUGGGGAACACUUCAAUGGAAAAAGACUCAGGGGCUAUUUAGAGGCACCUGGAGGGUCUCACCGCUUCCUAUGCACUUGGACUUCACGCCUUAAUGUAACUAAGCUAAUGCAGAGUUAAGCAGCUACUGACCUUGGAGAAGUGUCCUUUUGCUUCAGCAUAGCUGUGUCUUGCCUGCUGUGAGCCAUGCUACCAGCCUGGGGAGGGGACAAAGACAAGGACAGGGAUGAAGAUGGACCCAGUGGGGCCUCAGGGAUGCAGAUGUCCCAUGCACGUCUGAUCUGCAGCACUUCCCAUGGUGCUGAGUUGGUUUUGGGAAGGAUC